AGAUGGUUCGUCGGACCGCGGGGCCGCGACACCGCCUCUCGUCGUCACGCCCGGUGCGACGCGCGGCCGAAGCGGCGACCGCCCGCCUCCCCGUCGACACGCUCGUGCGCUGCCCAGGACAAAAAAUUAAAAUUACCCGUCCUCCAGGAUGUGGUCGCGGCUGUCCCACAUCGUCUCGUCAAAAUUGAGAGGGGGGUCCACAGGGGUGUGUCUCGCGGACUCUUCGACGAUGUACUUCGCGAAGUCGAAGAGCUCGUUGAUGACGAGCUCGUACUGCUCGAGGUUGCCGGUCGAGGUCAUUCUGAUGGGGUUCCGGAGGUAGUUGGCGAUGCUCUCGGCGACGUGUCUCGCGAGGGGAUCGUAGUCCGCGGUCGCAGGCGGGAAGGCCUUGCCCUCGGCAGCGCGGAGGGCGUCUCGGAACUUCUCGCCGACCGUGAGCUGGCCCGGGAGGUCCGAGACGUACUUCCCAAAUCGUGCGAGGGAGAGUGCGAGAUGACCCGAGGCUACACGCCGGCGUUCUCCUAUGCGCAGGCGUGGUUCCGCUAUAUCACCAGCGCUACUGGUGGAGCUGUUCUUAUGCGGCGAUCCAAAUGGUCCUGGUCGCGGUCGCGAACCGCGGCGAAGCGCACGAGGCGGCGCUACGAUCUCGUCACCUGGUCGAUGAGGACGGCGACGCCGCAUCGAUCAGGGACCUACAGGCGGCGCUAGUGGCGGCCUGGGGUGACGGUCUCGAUCCCGACGGACAGGACUUCAUCGUGGGGCGGUCGCCCAAGCCGUUGGUCGGGCGCCGCGGUCGGCUGGCGUCCUUGGGCGCGCCCGAGGCGAAGGUGCUCUUCGGCCACGCGGGCAUCGAGGCGUCGACCUUUUCUUACGAAGGGGUAGACGCGGCGUCCGACGUGCUGCACGACGUAGUCGAGUACUACAGCGUCCCGAACCGCAUGCCCGGUUUGCUCGUCUGCGGCGACCACGUUCGCGUGGUCGUGGGGGCGCUCGACGCGCCCCAUAUCCGCCAGCUCGUCUUCAUCGACCCCAAUUGGUCGGAGCCGCGCUUCGAGACGCUUGAUCAAGGGGGCCUCGAGAGCAAGGCCGGCGAGUUCGAGAUGAUGUUCCUCGACGACUGA